CCCCUUCUGCCUCUCGCUACCACUCAUUCUCUCAGACUUCUAUUCCCUCUUUCUAUCAAAGUUUAUGUUGGUCUGAACAUGGGAAUUUGGAAGCCAGCUUGGUUGGAGGCUCUUGAGACUCAGAAGUUCUUCGUGGCUUGUUCUUUUCACGAGAACGCAAAGAAGAAUGAGAAGAACAUUUGUUGUUUGGAUUGCUGCACUAGUAUCUGCCCACAUUGCGUGCCAUCGCACCGCUUCCAUAGGCUGGUGCAAGUCCGGCGUUACGUUUACCAUGAUGUUGUGAGGCUAGAGGACCUCGAGAAGCUUAUAGACUGCUCCAAUGUUCAGUCAUAUACUAUUAAUAGCUCCAAGGUGGUGUUCCUCAAGAAGAGGCCUCAGAGCAGACAGUUUAAGGGAUCAGGGAACAUCUGCACCUCCUGUGACAGGAGCCUUCAAGAGCCGUAUAUUCAUUGCUCUCUGGGAUGUAAGGUGGACUACAUACUAAGGCAAAAGAAGGAUCUUUCCCCAUAUUUGAGGACAUGCGAGGCACUUCAACUGAGUCCAGACUUCUUCAUUCCCCAUGAUGCCGAUGAUGAGGCCAAUGAGACCACCCAGUCCACUGUUGUGGAAGGUGAGGAGCCCAUAGGCUCUUCAGACUCGGAAAAUCUAAGUGUGCCAUGCACUGAGUUCGUCCGCAAGAAGAGAAGUGGGCUCUCUGCCUGUUCAAGGUCAGUAAGCAGGGUUUCAGAUGAGGACAUGGCUGCAAACAUGAGCAGAAGGAAAGGCAUUCCACAUAGAUCUCCUCUGUGCUAAGAGCUGAUACUUUUGACUGCUUUUCUCUCCCUUCCUAUU